ACGCUUAAUAAACCGUCUGACAGUAAUCCCGCUGCCAUAGUGAUAAACGGCGAGAGAAGCGAUCAAAUAAACGAAAUAUAUAAUUUAGUGAGCUUUUGCUUCAUUUAUCGCUAUAAAAAUGGACACUUCAGGAAAGGAAAAAGAGGCGAUUCAACUUAUGGCUGAAGCUGAUAAGAAAGUGAAGUCAUCGGGCUCCUUUUUAGGAGGAAUGUUUGGGGGAAAUCAGAAAGUGGAAGAGGCGUGUGAGAUGUACGCCAGAGCGGCCAACAUGUUCAAAAUGGCUAAAAACUGGAGUGCUGCAGGAAAUGCUUUCUGUCAGGCGGCAAGACUUCACAUGCAGCUUCAAAAUAAACACGACUCCGCCACGAGCUACGUUGAUGCGGGAAAUGCCUUCAAAAAAGCAGAUCCACAAGAGGCUAUCAAGUGCUUAAACGCAGCAAUUGAUAUUUACACAGAUAUGGGAAGAUUCACCAUCGCAGCCAAGCAUCAUAUCACAAUCGCAGAGGUAUACGAGUCAGAGCUGGUGGAUAUUGAGAAGGCGAUCGCACAUUACGAACAAGCUGCCGACUAUUACAAAGGAGAGGAAUCGAACAGCUCUGCAAACAAGUGUCUUCUGAAGGUGGCGUCAUACAGCGCUCAGUUAGAACAGUACCAGAAGGCAAUAGAGAUUUAUGAGCAGGUCGGAACUAACACCAUGGACAACCCCCUGCUGAAAUACAGCGCCAAAGAAUAUUUCUUCAAAGCUUCAUUGUGUCACUUUAUCGUCGAUGAGCUAAACGCAAAGCUCGCUAUCGCAAAGUAUGAAGAGAUGUUUCCAGCCUUCUCGGAUUCAAGAGAGUGCAAACUUCUGAAGAAACUUCUGGAGGCUCAUGAGGAGCAGAAUGCAGAGGCUUUUACAGAAGCAGUGAAGGAGUUUGACUCCAUCUCGCGUUUGGACCAAUGGCUCACCACCAUGCUUCUGCGUAUCAAGAAAACCAUUCAGGGAGAUGAGGGUGACCUAAAAUGAUCCACACAGUGGGAUCAUCACCCACUGCAUGGCACCUUUCUCCCCCCUCCCAUUUCACUUCAGUUUUGUGCAAUGGCCAAGACCAGGUUUCCCAAUACAGUAUGGCCAAAUGUAUUGCUGCAGAUAUUUCUAGACAAUAUAAAUAUAUUUAAGCCUGUACUUCAUUGAUAUAUUAAGUUAUAUAGCACAUAUCAAAAUUUAGCACUCCAGUUCAAAGACGUGCUCUGCUUUGGAACCUCAAAAACAUUUUUGGGAAAAAGGAGGUUCAGCAGAGGGAAACGUUUAAAGAUGCGAUAAGGAUUUAGUCGUUUCUUUUGUAAUAGUCAUUGGAUUGCGACGUGCUAAAGACGCAUGAAAUGUACAGAUGUUAUCGAGUGCAAGAGAAUUGCGUAUUGUUAUUAUUUAAGACUAUAAGUUGUAUAAUUUGAGUUUGUGCGUUGGGCAUGCAGGCCUCUACAUGAAGCUGUUUUGUACUACAAGAUGUUAACCAAACAUCCAAAAUGUCCACAUGCGAUGUAAAUUCUUGUGUGUCCCGUACCCCAAGAUGAUUAUUUUUUAAUAACUCUGUUGUUUUAGGGUGUUAUUUUCUUAUUUAAUAAUUAUUAA